UCCUGGCUUGUCGUCCAUCGGGGCCCUUGCGACGUACUCGUCCACCCGAACACUGGCAAUGCACUCAGAGAUCACACAGAGUUGGCGACAUGGAUUGGAAGGAGAUGGCCAUUGUAUGAGGAGUGUCUUAGCCCUACUCGUACUACGUCGUAGUUGAAGAGAUACUGCAUUCUCAACUGACAUUAUUCAUUAGCUACACUUGCUACAGUAUCUGACGCUGGCUCGUAUUCACACGACUAUUUACCGACUUCAGGCAGUGCUGUUGCCUCGUUAAUGAAGGGAGCCUACCGGAAUGGACAUGUUUAGUAGUUAAAGAGGCAGAGGAGUAUGCAGCUAUGUUAGUAGACUAGCUACUCAAUGUGUAGACUAGCACUUCGUCAAUGUUUUCUGGUGCUCGUUCUAGUGCUUGCUACUGCAAAUUUUCGUGUCUAGUUCGCGUUCGGACCAGAAAAAGCCGAACUGGACCGCGGCAUCAUGCCAUCGAGGCUCUGGAGAUUGCAUCAAGAGGUAGGGUGUUAGCGAGGUGUGAGUGCAAGGGUCUCUCCGAGCUCAAGGAGGCAUAUGACGCACUCAAACAAUGCAAAGUAGCGGGGAGAAUCAUCUUGGAGAUGUCAAACUGAACAUCUAAUGUAGUCACAAGAUACUUAUAGAGUCAAAGCCAAGCCAAAUGUAUAUUGUACUUGCACGCAUGUCCAAAUUGGUGUAUACUAUCAUUCCCAAGUCUUCUCUUCAAGUCCUCCUCCUGAACACCAGGGGAAGGCGGGUU